UCGCCCACGUUCUCCAGCUCUUCAUCUUAUCGUCCUCAGGGCCAAAAUCGUCGUGUCCAAUUCGCUCGGCGUAAGCACUAUGCAUGAGAUCGACGGAGCCGCCGAGCGAAGGAGCCUGCGCGAAACUAUCCCUCCCCCGUUGAGAGGACAUGUAUCACACCAUCGAUACUUCCCUCGCGUGGCAUCAUCGAAUCGAGCAAUGAUGUGCCAGCUGACCCUGCAUGUCGCACGCUGUCACCAAUACGAAGAAGCUCUCACGAUAUUGCGAGCCUGCGAAGCUUGAUCGCGUGCUUGGGCGAGGCUGCGUUGCAACACGCUCCGGGGACAUGCGACCUGGCGUGAUGCCGAAACCUGCAUAUGGCUGCUGGUCUAGAAGAAAAUCCCGGUCCAUAGUCAGCUCCAUAUAAGCCGAUGUUGCGGACUUUGAACGCAAGGGGGGAUUGUCUCUCUUCAACCUCAGCAUGGCGGACGACAAGAAGACGCUUCCCCCAACGGUGGCGACCGAGCAAGAAACCACCUCCCUCAGCGAUGUCGACAUUGGAAAGGAUGUCUUCGAUACCUCCGACUUUGAUCCAGUACUGGCGAAGAAGAUGGCUCUCAUCAACGAUGCCAUCGACCAGGUUGGAAUGACGCCGUGGCAGUGGAAGCUCUUCUUCCUCAAUGGCUUUGGUUACGCGGUCGACAGUUUGCUCGUUGUGUGCCAGAGUAUUGCGAACCCCGCCGUCGCUCAGCAGUACGGCAUGCCGAGUAAGGAUAUCCAAGGCAUUCCACUCGCAUCCCAAGUCGGGCUCUUGGUGGGCGCUGGCGUCUGGGGCUUCUCUGCCGACAUCAUCGGAAGACGAUUGGCGUUCAACUCGAGCCUCUUCAUCUGCGCAAUCUUCGUCGUCAUUGCCGGCGCCAUGCCGAAUUACAUUUCUUUCUCCGCAAUGGUCGCCAUCUAUUCCGCCGCUGCCGGAGGCAAUUACAUUCUCGAUGCGACAAACUUUCUCGAGUUUCUCCCUCGCACCCACGCUUGGCUAGUUACUUUCAUGGCGCUCUGGUGGGCCGUGGGAUACACAAUCACCGGGCUUUUGGCUUGGGCCUAUCUCAGCAACUUCUCUUGCGCUCCGGAUGCUACCGUGGCGGAAUGCACCAAUGCAGACAACAUGGGCUGGCGCUACCUUCACUUCACCGCCGGCGGACUCGUCCUCGUCAUGGCCGUGGCUCGUUUGUUCAUCGUCAAAAUGCAGCAGACUCCGCGCUGGCUCAUCAGUCAGAACCGCGACGAAGAAGCAUACACUGUCGUACUCAGUAUCUCGGAGAAGUACAAACGCCCGCUCAGCCUCACUCUGGAGACGCUCCAAUCGCAAGGCCGUGUGCUGCACACCGAGAAAUCCGUCUGGUCCGCUCUCCGUCUGCGCAAGCACUUCGGCGGCCUCUUCGAGACGAAGCUGCUCAUGUACUCGACCAUCAUGAUCAUACUCAACUGGUUUGUCAUCGGCAUGGUCUCGCCUUUGUACAGCGUGUUCUUGCCGUACUAUCUGAAAUCUCGAGGCGCUGCGGUUGGCUCGGACAGCAACUACGUAGUAUGGAGAAACUACGCCAUCAACCAGGUCUCCGGGCUCUUUGGACCAAUGAUUGCCGGCGUGCUCGUCGAGACACGCUUCGUCGGCCGCCGCGGCACCCUCGCCAUUGGCGCCCUCAUCACCAUGGUACUUCAAUUCGGUUAUACACAAAUCCGCACUCCCGCGCAAAACCUGGGCGUGAGUUGUGCGAUCACGGCUGCAAGUAACAUCUACUACGGUUGCCUGUACGCAUACACUCCGGAGAUCCUGCCGUCGGCACAUCGCGCCACGGGCUAUGGCCUCAACGUUGUCCUGAAUCGCGUGGGCGGAAUCAUCGGCGUGCUGAUCGGCUCGUACGCCAACGUCGAAACCACUGCGCCGCUGUUCGUCUGUGCUGGACUGUUUGGACUGCUAGUCGUCUUCUCCUUGAUGCUGCCGUUUGAGUCGCGCGGCAAGCGGAGCGUCUGAGAGAGAGCGAUGGUGGCGGCAGAGAAGGCGGGUGGGGCAAGGCUGCUCCAUCACAGUACGGAGGGCGCAGACAACACACGGUGAGCAUGACGAGGCUUGGAACCAUCUCUGCGCCAUCUCUAGUUGUAAGACAAGCUUCUGCCCAGCACAUCUUCUACUGAUAUCCGUCGCUUGACAUCGUCAAUGGCACCCUUCUACCAGACCAAGCCACCUUGCAAGUCCCAAACUUUCGGUCAACUCCUCUCGUCUUCACAACUUCACCUAACUGUAUCUACAUUGGAGUUUUUAAAAAACUCCAUAGAAAAUCUACUAAAACCUCC